AUGAAGACCGCAAGUCUUCUUUCCCUAUUCAUCACCUCGACUACACUUGUACACGGUCUCCCGGCCAUUUUCAAUCGACGUCGUGACAUUCCUGCCGUUGCAAACCUUCCCGUUGAUAUACCCGGACUUGGAGGUGCAGCAAACGGAGGUGCACUCGGCCAGCUUGGAGACGUACUCGGAGAUAUACCUGGGCUUGAUCAACUCAAAGCUGGAUUAGGAGCCGGCGCUGCUGGCGCUGGUGCGCCUCAGGCAAAUGAAAACAUUGCUAGCCCAGAGCAAGGAGCAGCCUCGAGUGCUGUAGCCAGUGAAUCUGAGGUUGCUGGUGCAUCCCAGACUGCCGUCGAGACCACUAGUGCCGCUCAAGAGACUGCAACUGGUGAGGCUUCUGUAACCACCACCGCAGUGGAGGGUACCGCCACUGGCUCGGCAAACGAGACUACGACGACAGCCGUCGAGAACAGUGCUAGCGUGAACGGCACAAGUCUUGUGGAGACGAGCACUACCACCGCAGCUGGAGCAGCCGAGACCGGAAAUGCGACUGUCACAGUUACGGUCACCGUCACCGUUACCGCUGGCGCGGAAAAUGCAACGUCCACGAGUGCCGAGGCCUCAGUAACUCCACCAGCCGGUAAAGGACCAGCACCCCCUGGGCCUCCAAAUAUCACGUCUCUCAAAGAGGCCCUGCCGACCUUCCCACCAAUCGCCACCCCACCCGCCGCGACUGCCCCGCCUACGCCUCCUGGCCGCGGUCGUAAUGGAAGGGUUGAGCCCCCUGCUCCAGCAGCCAACGUGACUGCACCUGAACCUCCAGCGGCUGCCGGAAAUGCCACCCCGCCUGCUAAUCCCGGUCGUGGUCGACAAGACGCCCCAGGAAGGGUGGCAAAGGCUGCUCGGCCAAACCCACCAGGAAGGGAGGCCAAGGCUGCCAAACCGAACCCAGGCGGAGGCCGCAAUGCCGCUAACCCUGCGGCUGCGCCAGCCGAUGAAGAAGACGACGUUUGA